UCGAUCCGUUUGAUUUGAUUUUAGAUCGUUUUGUGUUAUUUACGCAGUUUUAUUUGUUUGAUUUAGGUUCGUUGUGUUUAGUUUGGAUUGGUUGUUGUGUUGAUUAUGAGUUUGUUAGUUGUGUUUUUUUGAUUUUGAUUUGCAUGAUAUGAUUGUGUUGUUUUGGGUUAAUUGGAGAAUUGGAUUAGUUUGAUGUGCUUUUGAUGUGUUUAGAUUGCGAAAAUGAUCGAUUUUUGGAUUCGCAGGUUUUAGUGAAUUUGAUUGCUGACGGCAAUCAUGAGCAACGAGGGAGAAAAGACUUGCCCUCUCUGUGCUGAAGAGAUGGAUUUGACUGAUCAGCAGUUGAAGCCGUGCAAGUGUGGUUAUGAGAUUUGUGUUUGGUGCUGGCAUCACAUAAUAAACAUGGCUGAGAAAGACAAUGUAGAAGGCAGGUGUCCAGCAUGUCGCACCCCUUAUAACAAGGAAAAAAUUGUGGAAAAGGCAGCUCAAUGUGAAAGGUUGUUGUCUGAGUUGAAUGUGGAGAAGAAAGGGAAGUCAAAGUCGAAAAGUAAAGCACCUGAUGGUAGAAAGAACCUAAGUAGUGUUCGAGUGAUUCAACGAAAUCUUGUCUACAUUGUGGGGUUACCUCUUACUUUGGCAGAUGAAGACCUCCUACAAGGAGCGGAAUACUUUGCUCAAUAUGGGAAGGUGCUUAAAGUGUCAAUCUCUCGUACGGCAGCUGGGACCAUUCAACAAUUUCCAAAUAGCACUUGUAGUGUCCAAGCAGCAGGUUUUCAGGUCUUAAUUUGGGCAAUGACCAUCUUGAAUAUAUAUAUUACUUAUUCAAAGGAGGAAGAAGCAGUUCGUUGCAUUCAGUCAGUGCAUGGUUACACAUUGGAGGGUAGACCAUUAAGGGCCUGCUUUGGAACCACAAAAUAUUGCCAUGCAUGGCUGAGGAGUGUGCCAUGCAUCAAUCCUGAUUGUCUAUACUUGCAUGAAAUUGGUACACAAGAAGAUAGUUUCACUAAAGAUGAAAUAAUAUCAGCAUACACAAGAAAUAGAGUUCAACUGAGUGUGGGUGCCACAAUCGACACACAACGACGAUCUGGGAGUGUAUUACCACCACCAGCAGACGACUUCUGUAAUGACAGCUGCUCCUCAUCUGGAAUACAUCAUAAUAAAAGCUCAACGGAUAACCUUGACAUCUCUUCUCAAAACAUAUUGGAGUCAUCUGUCUGGCAAACUCCGGCAAGCAGUGUGAGGGGCUCUCCACCAAAUAGUCACUCUAGUAAAUCUGUUGGUCUUCCUGCAGCAGCAUCUUGGGGAGCGCGUGCUUCAAAUAGUCAACCAUCACCAACAAGCAUGGCAAGCUCAAAUGGACCUUCUAAGCAGAAAUCUGAUACAGGUGGCAUUUCAGUCGCAUUUUCAACUGCAGUAGUGAGCCCAGCCAAAGUCUCCUUAAUGCAUAAUACUUCAGGAAAGAAACUUAAUGGAGAAGGUUGGUUUCCCUUACAGAGGAAUAAAUCUGUUCCAGUAGCAUCUGUGGGAAUACAGGAUGUAGAUAAGCAACAAAAGUCAUCGAAUACUUCCACCAAGAUUGGACAUUUUGAUAAACUAGUGACAAGUGACCAGAUAUCUACGCCAUCGCCAAAAGUAGAUGGGUCCACAAGCAUGGCAGAUAUCACAGUGCAGUCUUGCAGUAUCAAUUCAGAAAGAAAUUCACAUCUACCUGUAGAGAGUAAAGUUAAGGAAUUAUGUUCUGAUAUGUUGUCUCUAAAUAUAAUUACUCAUGGGCCACAGCACGUAGACACAAAAUACAGAGAACUCUUGUCAACAGAUGCUGCAGCAAAGGAUGCAUCCUCCAGUAAGGAUCCUGUUGCAGCAAGGGAUCUGUCUGAAUUUAAAUUAGUGUCGCCGUCGCAAGUAGCAGAAAGUGAUACUUGUAAAGUUAAGGAUGAUAUCCAAUCUUUUAAUAUACAAAGACGCAGGGAUCCUGAAGUUACCAAUAGCACAGAUAGUAGUAUAGGUCGGUUAUCAGAUAGUUUUAGGGAUCUACAUUCUCAAGAGGCUUUCCGUAUACCCAGCACCAAUUUUAAUCUAAAUAAUGUAGAUAAUCAACCUAGCAAGUUUUCUGUUCCGCAAGCAUAUAAUGCCCCAGUUAUUUCGAAUGGUUAUGCUGGGAACCAGACUAGAAGUUUUGAUUUGGAUACCAGUGCUAAUGAUUCUUCUUAUAUGCUACAAGAUGAACUGAAAUUGCAUGAUGGAAGACAUGGCAGUGCGUUAGUAAACCACGAUAGUAUUUUAGCAGACGGAAUGGGAGAGAGCAGCAUCAUAUCAAAUAUUUUGUCAAUGGACUUCGAUUCAUGGGAUGAAUCUUUGGCUUCACCCCAGAAUUUGGUUAAGUUACUAGGUGAAACUGAUAAACAGCUGGGUUCUCUUGGUGCAUCGAAUACGAAGAAAGUACAAAACAGCAAUCAGUCUAGGUUCUCUUUUGCAAGAGAGGAACAUCAAGCAUCCAAUUUUGGGCCAUCAUCUGCUGGCGUUGAGCAAACUCUCAGGAAUCAUUCUCUUACGAAUGGUUUCAAGGACAAUGGAAACCAUUAUCACAGUGGUACUGCCAAUGGUUAUUCUACUUUGAGUGCGCAUCAACCUGGUGAUUUUGCAAGCACCCAUUUUCAUAAUUCACCGAACAGGUUUUCUGUUUCUAGAGCACCUGUAACAGCCCCUCCUGGAUUUUCCGGGCCUACCAGAGCUCCACCUCCAGGCUUUUCCUCUUUUGAAAGGAUGGAACAGACAUUUGACGUAAACUCUGGGAAUCAUUUGCUCAACAAUUCAUCUUACUUGAGAAAUGCUAGUCAGUCACCUUCUAGAAUGUAUAAUGAUUCCACCAAUUCAGAUAUAGAGUUUAUUGAUCCUGCAAUAUUGGCAGUAGGUAAAGGCAGACUUCCUAAUGGGUUUAAUAACCCUAGUUUAGACAUGAGGUCAACUUAUCCUACCCAGAUGAGUAAUUAUGAGAAUGAGGCAAGAUUGCAGCUAAUGAUGCAAAGAUCUGUUUCACCACAGCAGAACCCCAGAUAUGUCGAAAUGGGUAACAGUUUUUCUUCUUAUCCGGAUAAUUAUGGAAUGCCUCCAACGAUUUUUGAGCAGGCUUUGGCAAACAAUGGAUCCCAGUAUUCUCAAUUUGGUCUUUCACAGUCCAGAAAUCAACUUGUGUCGAGCGGUAGUUGGGAUGGUUGGAAAGAGGUUCAGAGUGGAAAUGGCUCAACUGCGGCAGAGUUUCUUAGAUCGGAGAGAUUGGGAGGAAAUCAGUACUUUAGUGGUCGCCAGGAUUCGAAGUACCGGAUUUCCAGUUCUGGAGAUUUAUAUAAUCAAACAUAUGGGAUUUGAACUUUGUCUAGUGGACUAAUCCCUUUAAUGUUGAAACUGAUAUAGAAUGACUAUAUCCAACUUGUCAUGACAGCAGUGAACUGAUAAAAUGUGGCUGGAUCUUGACUGGUUUUACUGGUUAACCUGCUGAUUGGUGGAGUGAACGUUCUGAUAACCGUCUCCUCCAAAACCAGCAGGAAACUAAGCUAUCAAGUCUUGGUUUGAAGCUGCAUGAUACAGAAAGGUACACAAGAUCCUAUUGAUUAUGGUUAUUAUGCUAGAAGAGCCCAGGAUCGAAACUGUGAAUCAGGAUGAAAUCGCAGGUUAUGAACUUUAGUGUUUACUGUCUUGGUGCUGGAAGUGGCUCUAAAAUUAUUGCUUCAGCUGUCAAUUUGUGCUAUAGAAGUUUUGAGCAAAUACUGUCUGCUGGAAGUAGCUCUAGUUUUGUUUACCUUGUUGCAAAAAGAGACAAUUUGUUUACAGGAGUUUUGAGCAAAUACUGUGCAAGUUGAGUGUUUUAUCAUGCUACAUGCUCUGAGUUCCAAGUUUCCUUGUUUUUCUCCCAACUAUAAAGGAUUAUUAUCCCACCUGGGGGUCGUUUGGUUCA